AUGGACGAAUCUGUGCAUGAAGAACUCCCGUCUCAGUACUACAAUGACCAUAGAGCACUCCACCAGCCGAUGGUUGCUAUUGCUAACAAGACAACGUGGAGUAAUCACUAUCAGACGCAGUAUGGUCAUCAAUCUUACCUGCAGCAUGGAUCACAAGCUGCCCAGGUGUCGUAUCCGCCGUACUCCACCGCUCAAGCACAUAAUUUGCAGAGCACCGGUACUUCGGGCCACCAUUACCACAAUCUCCAUACCACGUUGUCUACCCAGCCCACUCCCGCCGAUCCUACCGCUGCUGGAUAUUAUCACGAAGAUCCUUACCCAACACUCCCCCAAUCAGUAGGAGGUAUCUCCGCUGGGUACCGCCAGGUUGAAUACUACGAGGGACAUGGUAGCACCAGUUUGGGUAUCCCUUCACCACUUGCCCAUCACCACCCCGGUCAGGAGACCAGAGUCGCCCAAACGCACGACCCUCACGAACGCGAACAUAACCCCCUUCCAAUGUCUAGCGAUGCUCAUCCUCCUGGCGGGCACUUGCAACGUCUCAAUUCGCCUCCCACAUCAUACGGGGCCGCCGCCAGUGACCGCAACACGGAUUCGUCAGAGGAUGAGGAGCAAUGGUUUGACCCUCGUAGCGCCGAAGACUUGCAGGAUCAGGAUGCACAGACUGACUCCGACAGCAAUGCUGGUAGCGACACCAACAAAAGCGAUCCCAGCGGGUUUGAGAAUCCAACCGGUAUUCAUAUCAUCACCCGUCGUCAUCGUGUGGACUUCUCGCGACGUCAAAAUACAUUCGCCCCUCCAAAGCGAAGUGCCCAGGUGCUGUGGAAAGAUUUUCAUGCAGGAAAUAACGCACAGAAAAUCAACUACGUGGCGCAGAAGUACAGAGAUGAAGUGACGGACGAGAUCCGCUCUAUUAUUGCCCGCAGAAUGAAGCAGAAGGAGCAAUUUCCAUUGGACGGAUCGCAAAUCAAGGCAUGGGAGAAUUUUACGACCCUCUUCUCGCAAAUUGAGAAGACAUUUGUACUAAUGACACCUCAGCAUAAGCGCGAUCUCGUCAACAGUGAAUGGCAUUCGCUUGUUCGCGAUACAUACUCGGCUUUCAACUGGCCAUCUCUCGCUGUCAUUUGGAUCCCGGAUGCCAACGGCGGGCCUCCUGAAGCAAAGAUGAUUGCUAUUCAGCCUGAUGGUGCACCGUCUUGGGUGGACUGGCAAUCCAAGGCUGACCCGCGAGUCUGGCGUCUAGUAAACGCAAGCUUCCAAGGAUAUGCAAACCAAUUGUAUCAAGACCAGGCAAAGGAGGACAUGAAUGCGAUUGAGCGCGAGUUGAUUGCAGAAAAAAAGAGGCCUCGGGAGAAGGCGUCGAAGAAGGCAGUUGAAACUCAGGUCAAUCCACAGGAGGAUCGUCACGCUCCCCACACAACGGUCUUCACAAGCAAGGAGGGGGAUUUCACCUCGAUUGGAGAGCGCGAGGGAGUCAGAAUCAUCGAGAACAUACGUCCAGGUAUGCCCAGGUAUCCAAAUCUUCACCUGGGACGCACAAUCCUGCGCUUUCUCAUCUCAGAUCGUUACGCAAGUCGCCGAGACGCAAUGCGUCCAAUGAUGAAGGAUGGCAAGCUUGAGGCUCCGACAAUACCAUGGAAGAGAAUUUCGCGCCAUCUCACGCAGAUUGCAUACUCCGACUACUUUCCAAAGAUAAAAGAUGAAGCGGGAAAGAUUUUACCUCCCGAACUUCCUUUUUAUAAGACGAGUUGCCCUAGCAAGCAGGUUGUUGACGCGUGGCUCACUUGGUUUGCUGACAUUCAGGAUGGCGGCAAUGAAACAUGGGAACAUGGUAUGAUCUUCAAGCAAACCCUCAAGAAUCUCGCGAUUAAGCAGUUUGGUAAUGUGGACAACAGCGACAAUGAAACGCGCCCAAAUCUCAAUUCAGAGGAGCCGUCUUCUCUGAAAACACCUCUUUUCUUGACAGAGUCGCCCACUUGGCCGCCGCUACCACUGGCAGACACCCCUCGACCAUCUUUGAUUGAUGAUUUUGUUGUGCAGUCAGGGCCGAUCCAUCCAUACUUACAAGUCCCAGGGCCAUCUCAGUCCUCUGAUUUGCAGCCUCGGAAUGUCUCUCAGGGCCCCCUUGCUGAACUUCGUGGGUUACCUCCGUCGACUAAGGUUCCACCUCCAACUGAACAAGCUACAGAUCGGCCACAAGCUCUCAACAAGUCAAAAUAUCAUCUCGGACGUGCAAAGAACCCGGACACAAGUUCUGGCAAACCGCUGAGGAAGAAACGGAAACUUGACCCUCCCGAUCCUGACAGUCUGCGUCGCUCGGAGCGCCAGAAGCAACCAGUGGGACUAAGCGUGUCGGAUGGGGUAAAUUCAAGCGCAAGCACAAGAAGGAUCUCUCUUCGAACGCUCGUGCCCUCCGCCGUCUUCAUACUGCUUGCGAGUGUGCGAAGCGCACCCUCUCCUCGGCUGCCCAUUCAGACCACCAUCGAAAUUGACCCGCUCUUUGAGGGCAUCGACUUCCACACCUCCAUUAUCCAUGCUCAUUUCAAAGGGCUUUCCUAUGACCUCUUCUAUGGCGGUACCCACGACCUGGUCAAGAAGGCCUUAAGAGACUUGCGGAAUGACAAGUCGAACGUCCAUAAAAUCGACCUCUUUGCAAGGAGGCCAACAAGAGCAUCAACCCAGACUAGGCCAUCACGCGUCGUCUAUGGUGCCACUGUCCAUGCUAUCAUACCCUCGGGUGACACCUCGGAGAAGACCCAGGAGAUUCUCUUUCACAAUAUGGCCCCACUCUCCACUGACAUUGAGACUCCUGGUGGUGUCAUGACCACUCUCAUCACAUGCAACACCGCCGUCCCAACCGAGAAGCUUGAGAUGUUCUCCACCUAUCCCAAGGGUUGCUAUGGGAAGUAUGCAAUGAGGAAGCCACAGGAAUACCUGAUUUGUCUAUCCUAA